AUGGCUAAUGCACAAUGUGGGAAGGAUGAUACACAAUUUGGACCUAUACUUGGUAUGAAAUUUGACUCUGAGCAAUUUGCAUAUGAUUUUUAUGAUUCUUAUGGAGGAAGAAUUGGAUUUAGUAUUAGAAGAGAAUAUGCUCACAAAAGCAAGACGGGUGAAAUUACUUCAAGAGCAUUUGCUUGUUCUAAGGAGGGACAUAGAAAAGCUGAUAAAAAAUAUUACAUUGUAAAUAAUGCAAGGGCAGAGACAAGGAUUGGUUGUGGUGCUUCAAUGAACAUUAAAUUAAAUAGGAAAACUGGGAAGUAUACUGCUACCAACUUCGUAGAAAUGCACAACCAUUCUGUUGUAGUAAAUGAAUGUGCUCAUAUGCUUCAUUCUCAACGAAAAAUUUUCACCUCUCAAUCUAUUGAAAUUGAUUUGGCUACUGACUUUGGGAUACCUCUUCGGUCAUCGUAUGAGUUAAUGAGUAGAGAGGCAGGAGGAGGGGAAUGUGUUAGGUUUUUUAAACAAGACCAAAAGAAUUAUCUGAAGAACAAAAAGAUAGAAAAUGUUGGCAUUCAGAGAAUUAGGGAGCAUAUUAAAAUACUUUCAAGAUCAGAUAGUAGAAAAUCCUUCAUUCUUUUAUGUCGUGCAGUUGGAUAG